AUGGCCACAUCAAGCAACGGAUCACGGUCGGCCUUUUUCUACGGCACACUGAUGGCACCUCAAGUCCUGCAUCGAGUCUGCCAUGGAUCCAUGUCGGACACGAACCCCAUUUACGCCUCCCACAAUCUUCAAAUGCAGCCCGCGAUCCUCCACGAUCACCGCCGCCACCGAGUCCGACAAGCAGAUUACCCGGCGGUCAUUCCCCAUCCCGGCGCAUCCGUGCGAGGCACCUACGUGACCGGGCUCACGGACGCGGACAUCUGGCGCCUGGACAUAUUCGAGGGGGCCGAAUACGCUCGACGCGAGGCGACGGCCAAGAUCCUGACCGUCGUUGGCGAUGAGAGUGGCGACGGCAACGUGGAAGGGGAGUCCGUGCCCGUGGAGACUUACAUCUGGAUCGCGGGCGAGGAUGGCUUGGAGGAGAAGGAGUGGGACUUCGCCGAGUUUCAGCGCGACAAGAUGCGCUUUUGGGUGGGGUCCGAGGGCGCGGGCGAGUAUGCCGGUAGGCCGUCCAUCAUCGGUGAGUGGCGUAGUUGUGUGGUGACGAGGGCUAACUAG